AUCUUCACUUCUUCUUACAUAUUCCCCACUCAUUAAUAUUUUUUUUUAACAGAAGACGAGCAGCUUCGACCAAAAGGAGAAAGACAAGUAGCUUCGACCAAAACGAAACAUCAUCAGCAAUGGAGAUUUUCCAGAAAGCUAAAGCUAUUCGAAUGCGUAACAGCCACAACAAGUAUCUAUCAGCAGACGACAACGAAGAAACGGUUACACAAGACAGAAACGGUUCAACCAAAAACGCUCAAUGGACCAUCGAACCGGUUAGCGAUUCAUACAAUGUAAUCCGUCUUAAAAGCUGUUACGGUAAAUACCUAACCGCUUCGAACGAACGGUUCUUGCUCGGAGGUACAGGGAAGAAGGUGGUUCAGUUAAAACCGAGUCGACUCGACUCGUCUGUUGAGUGGGAACCGGUGAGAGACGGAUCCAAGAUCAAGCUCAAGACGAGAUACGGUAACUAUCUAAAAGCUAACGGUGGUCUUCCUCCGUGGAGAAACUCAGUCACGCACGAUAAUAUUCAUUUGUCGGCUACUUAUGAUUCCAUCUCGUGGUAUGUUGAUGUUGUUGAGAUCUUGAAUAAUCCUCAAGUCACGUUGGAGACCGAGUAUGCAUCACAUUCGAGAACACCGUCCUCUCUUCAAAAUUCGGUUGUGUCUCCUCCGAAAUCGGAUGGGAGAACGAUUUACUACCAUAUAGUUGAUGAUGAAGGACACGUGGGAGAUGAAUCAACCGUUGGAUAUGCUUGCACGUUUAAAGGAAAUAGUGUGGCGGAGCUAACUCAGACGCUGCGAGAAGAAACGUGCUUGGAGGAUGCUGUGGUGUGCACUCGCAGUCCGUUAGAUGGCAAGCUGUUUCCCCUUCGUUUGCAACUUCCUCCCAGCAUUGGAACGUUGCAUGUCGUUUUAGUACCCUUCUGUCAUCUAGACGUGAAGUAGAAAAAGAAUCUCUACCAGGGUCAAAAUUUACAUAUGCAAAAUUACUCAACUAAUGAAGGUGGUCAGACCAUGAGAAUUUAAACAAUUAAUCAAAAUAUGCAUAUAUUAUAUCAAAUUCAAAAUUUCACAGGGGUCAGCUGACCCAUGUGAUCCUUCAUUGGCUCCGCCACUGUAUUGGUAUCCCAUAUUGUUGUAAAUGUAAUGUUUUCCUAGUAAGCAGUUGCAAUCAUUUUUAUUCUCAUUA